AUGGCUACCAACGGCGAUUUCUCCGAUGAGGGAUCCCAGCCCGGCUCGCCUUCGCUCGACGCCCACAACCCCCACGGAGAGGUCGAGGAUCACGAGCCUCUCGAGGAGAAGCCCAUCAAGUCGGCUAUGAAGAAGGCCGCUCCCCCUGUUUCUCAACCCCAGCGCCCAGUCCUCCCCGAACAGCCCGACCCGGAAACUCUCGAUCUGUCAAAAUUGACGCCUCUCACGCCUGAGAUCAUUGCCAGACAAGCAACCCAGAACAUCGGCACAAUUGGACAUGUCGCUCACGGCAAAUCCACCGUUGUCAAGGCUAUUUCCGAGGUGCAGACCGUCCGUUUCAAGAACGAACUCGAGCGUAACAUUACCAUUAAGCUUGGUUACGCCAACGCGAAGAUUUACAAGUGUGACAAUGAAGCCUGUCCCCGGCCUACAUGCUACAAGAGUUUCAAGAGUGAGAAGGAAAUUGACCCUCCUUGUGAGCGCGAAGGAUGUGAAGGCACUUACCGCUUGCUGAUGAGCACUAUGCUUUCAGGAGCCGCGGUCAUGGACGCCGCCCUCCUUCUGAUUGCCGGAAACGAAACUUGCCCCCAGCCCCAGACCUCCGAGCAUUUGGCCGCUAUUGAGAUCAUGAAGCUCAGCCACAUCGUUAUUCUCCAAAAUAAGGUCGAUCUUAUGCGCGAAGACAACGCUCUUGAGCACUACCAGUCGAUCCUCAAGUUCAUCCGUGGUACCGUCGCCGAUGGCUCGCCCAUUAUCCCCAUCUCCGCCCAGCUGAAGUACAACAUCGACGCUGUCAACGAGGCCCUCGUCCACACCAUCCCCAUCCCUCCCCGUAACUUCGAGGCCACCCCUCACAUGAUGAUCAUUCGUUCGUUCGAUGUCAACAAGCCCGGUGCCGAGAUCGAUGAGCUCAAGGGUGGUGUCGCUGGUGGAUCCAUUCUGACCGGUGUCGUGAAGCUGAACGAUGAGAUUGAGAUCCGUCCCGGUCUCGUCACCAAGGACGAGCAGGGCAAGAUUCAAUGCCGUCCCAUUUUCUCCCGCAUUGUCUCUCUCUUCGCCGAGCACAACGACCUCAAGUUCGCCGUUCCCGGUGGUCUUAUCGGUGUCGGUACCCGUGUCGACCCCACCCUCUGCCGUGCCGAUCGUCUCGUCGGUUUCGUCCUCGGUCACCGUGGCCGCCUUCCCGCCAUCUACACUGAGAUCGAGGUCAACUACUUCCUUCUCCGUCGUCUGCUCGGUGUCAAAACCGCCGACGGCAAGCAGGCCAAGGUCGCUAAGCUUGCUAAGAACGAAGUUCUCAUGGUUAACAUCGGUUCCACUGCUACCGGUGCUAAGGUCAUUGGUGUCAAGGCCGAUGCCGCUAAGCUCAGCUUGACCAGCCCGGCUUGCACAGAAGUUGGCGAGAAGAUCGCCAUCAGUCGCAGAAUUGAGAAGCACUGGCGUCUCAUUGGAUGGGCCAACAUUGUUGCUGGUAACACCCUCGAGCCUGUGCAGCAGUAA